CUGUAUCAUUGCAGGCGGCCUCCAGUGUGCGCCCCGAGGGAGAGUUUACCAUCCUGGUUUACCACGCUUGUGUUAAUAACAACAACAACAACAGACAGUGUCAGUAGUGUGUUGUGAUAUGAAAUAUGGCUACAGCAUUAGCAAGACCCAUCUCCUUUCCUGAUAUUGGGUUGAGUGAGCAGGACCAGGAUGGUAAUUCAGCGUUGCUGGAGCUGGACAGAGGGCUGAAAUCAUCGAGAACAGGAGAACAGUGUGAAGCUAUAUCUAAAUUUCCAGCACUGUUUGAAAAAUACCCAUUUCCUAUCCUAAUUAACUCUGCUCUACUGAAAUUGGCUGAUGUAUUCCGCCAGGAGACACCGGGGAGCAACUUUGUGCGUGUCUGUGUUGUUGAAGUGGUGGAAUCGUGUGGACGGCAUUUAGAUAAGCUCAUUAAUGUGGAUGAGUUCCUCCGUCGUAUUACAACUGUCAUGCAUUCAAAUGAUCCAUUGGCACGGGCCCUCACUCUUCGUACUCUGGGAUGGAUGUCGGGGGUUGUGGGAGAGAACAGACGAGUGCAGCAUCUGAUCCGUGAAGCCCUAGAUGCUAAGGAAUCGGUGGAGCUUCAGGCUGCUAUAAUGGCUGCAGAAAAAUAUGCUGCAAAAUCUAAAACAUUUGCUAUGAACAUGUGUGAACGUCUCAUCCACAUGAUUGGAGGACUGGCAACACCAGUUGAUGUGAAGCUACAGCUGAUUCAAGUGUUUCAACACAUGCAUCAUGAUGCUGAAACUGCUGCAACUGUGCGGAGUUUGUGCCUGGAGCUAUUGAAGGAGUACCCAACACAGCGAGUGGUGAUUACAACAUUACACACGCUCACACAACUGGCUGCUCAUAUUCUGGUGGACAUUCCUCAGCAGGUUGACCUUUUAAUUGGAUACUUGGAGAGUGAGGCACGCAUUGGAGUCCGUCAAGCAGUCCUUGGCGAGCUUGGGUUCCUAGCAGGGGCAGCACCACAUGCUUGGUCUGCAGACAAUGUGGAAACGCUGGUUAAGUUUACUCGAUCUUCUCGCCACAAUCCUGCUAUGACUACAACAGCCCUCUCUGUUCUGGCAUCACUGACUGCAGCUCCAGCUCUGCCUCGCAUCACACUUACUCCUGAAUGUGCCCUUGUAGACUUGUGCCGAGAGUGUGUGUACGACAGUAACAUUCAUGUGGCAUGCAGAGCCAUUCAGCUGUUUACCAACAUAGCUAUCUAUAUGUUUGAGGAGCAGAAAACAAGUGUAGUGUGUGAAGAGGCUCACUGUGCUGCUCUGAGUCUUCUGCAGAGUGUUGUCAGUGCAUCACAGGUUGAUGAUGCUGCCAAGCCUGGCCCCGAGGGGUUCAUUCCUGCUGGUCUUCGGACGUGUUUGGUGUGUACUGUGCUACUAGCCCAGACUAAAUCAAAUAUCAUGAGUGACUUAGCCGUCACUCUGACUGACAUCCUGGCAGACAGCAUACUAUCAGUUUGUGGAUGUCAGCUGGUGUGUGAGGCAUUAGCAUCCCUCGGGGGAAGUCGUGGUGAAGUUCUAACGCCACAUCUGACACCAAUUUUGAAACUCAUUCAAAAAUUUACACUUGAAGCACCACUCAGUCCACACAAAACCAAAUUAAUGGUUACACUUGUCACGCUGGUUAUGCAAGUGUUCCAUGGCCACGUCUGGUCCAGUCAAGCAGAAGCAGCUGUAGUGGCAGCAAGUAAAUGUGUUGAUCAAUGGGCAGCAUUCUGUAUGGCACGACAGGCAUCAAGGUAUGGCCAUCAUAGCCUGGCUGCUGGAAUGUAUGGAGUAUUAAGUUGGCGUGUAUGCUCCGACCAACAACAUUUCUGGGUUUCGGCUCUGGGUGAGGUGAGUCUUGGUGAAGCCUGCCCAGUAGCAGCAGGUGACAGAGCAGAUAAUCUCACAGCAGCAAACACUCACCUCCACCGAGCACUCUCGGCUCUAAAGGCUGCAAGCACAUCAAAUCAGCCUAUGACUUUCUGUCAAGAGUAUGUGAGACUUAGGGCUGAAACUUUCAUGUGCCACGCUCAGCUACUCCACGCCUGCCUCUCUCUCCGCACUGCCCCUCCCCCGGCUAUUGCUGCAUCUUUAGCAACAUCAACAAGAGAUGAUCUCUUAAGGUGUGGCAGAGUAUCACAGCAACUUGCAAAAUCAGCUCGAGACUUUAACAAUUUAGCCACUCAGUAUGGAACUCUAUACCAGUCGGUGUUUGAUGCUGAUCCACAAACUUUGUGUAAUAUAGCACUUCUACAACAAGGGGCAUUAUUGGUGGCUCAAGGUAUUGAGAUUAUUACAAGACCAUCAGCUGGGCAACUAACAGAAGAUUACACUGGUCCAGACUUGACCACAAUCACCAGCAAACUUGGGGGUGGGGAAACAGUGGAAACCCAGUCCAUAAUUGGUACACUAGAGGAGGCCACAACAAUGGUUCGCAGACUUGCACAGGUAUCUUGUGAGGUGAAACCUGUGAGAGAACAACAUCUACAGUUACUUCAAGGAAUCUCUCAAGUGCUGACAAGUGUACCACUUCCAUAUCCUCGAUUCUUUUUCCAAACUCUGCAGAAGACUACUAUAACCCUAGCCCUUCUUCCACAGCCUCGCACUCCUGGUGACCCCAUCAGUGUUCAGACCACCUCAAUGUUAGCAGUUAAAGUAGAAGGUGUUAUAGGUCAUGGCAAAAGACCAGGCCUUUUCCGAUCUGUACGUUCCGUCACUUUGACCGUAAAUUCAGUGAUUCAAAAUCGUCCUCAGCACACCUUGGACUUAAAGAUUGAGCCAAACGAGAUGUUGACCCAAACAGUAGAGCCACACAAUGACUUCUUUGCAGCACAGUUCCUGCUAGGGUUCCCUGUACCAGGAAUCUACCAAGUGAGUGUGGAUACAUCAGUCACAGAUGAUUCUGAUGAUGCUUGGCAGACGGGACCCCGUCACACGCUUACUGUCAAAUCACAAGAGGAUCCAGCCAGUAAGGCAAGCGUCUCGCAGACUCCACGGCAGGUACCUCCCAGCCAGUAUGCACCCUCUACAUCACAGGGACCAUCAGGUCCUCCACCAGGUGUUACUGUAUUACCUCCUGGUCCUCCAGGACCUAACCCACCUUCUGCUCCACAGAUAACACAGUUUAACAUACCAAGACCAGGAAUUUAGUGGAAUCUGGCACAAAGAUGAUUUUGUGAUGAACUAUCUGAUUAAAAUAUUCUGUACGUAUUCAA